UUUCCUUUCGCUAAUUUAGUUCUAUAGACUAGUUCUCCUGUUCUCCUCCUCCUCACGGAUACCCACGUCGACGACAUAGGCUGGGUCAACACAAGGAUCCACAAUCGCAGAAAGAACUGAAGCAAGAGUUCAAUGGCAUUGAUGCUUGUACGAAGCCCCACAUCUUCCAAGUCGAGGCCAGCUUCCAAGUCCACGUCUCCAAGCAAACCUCGGAGGCGGUGGCGUUGCAGCAUGAGCAACAGCUGCAAUCGGAGCGUGCGCCACGGUUGCACAUGGGUCGACAGUCCUGGUCACACCCUCCAAGAUCCCUUUCUUCGUUGCUCAACAGGAAUCCCGGAAGGGACUUAUCCUGGGGGGCUUCUUCUUCAUCCUCCUCGUCCAGGUCCUCGUCGAGACAUCGAGAUAUCGAGAUACCGGUUCCGGUACGGUCACUACUUGCUCGUGUGGGAGCCUUGUGGGUCACUCACAGAGCUCUCACAGCAUAGCUCACAGCAUCUUGUAUGCGUUCUUCGAAGCUUUUUUAUCUCUUCUUCGUUGUUGCAUAAGAUUUAAAAAGCUUGUUCCCUUCAGAGCCUCCUAAAAUGUCUUCAGAUAGAAAGCCGAGCGCACAAGGAGAACAGGCAGAACCCCAACUUUUUACCUCUGCGAAAUUUGGCUGGGCAUUUAUUUCUUGGGUUGGUUUCAGACUUUUCUUCACCAGUGGGACCAGAUGCCUCUCAUAGUCACCAGUAUGCCUGUCACCCUGGAUGCGAGUGCCCUACCAUCUCACCAUCUCCAGCAGGGUGUAGGGUGUCAGUGGCUGUGACUUCGGUUGAAAGCGGUGGUCAUGAUGCCCAUUCUAAUAGCGAUCCCUCAUCACCAACCACCAAGUAGCUCACCCUAUAACUAACUCGCCGACGCUGAAUGAUUGCCGACACAACAUUUGUGAAAAAGAAGUCCCCGGGUUACAAAAUCAAAACAGAGCAACUGACUUUAUCUGGAGUUGCUCAUGCCUCACAUAAGUGACUUGCAACAGCGAGCCGCAACCGGAGAAGAAGAGUAGUAUCGAGUCGAAUCUCCCAGCAGAAAAACCAGGCUUUGAUUCGAGAGACAAACAAGUUAGGAGAAUUUCGUUCCCCUCCCUACGAGCAAUCACCGCCGAAACAGAAGAUGUCGUCCAUGUUCCAAAAGAGUCGCUGCCAGUACGGUUAUGAUGAUGGCCUUCCGAUGGAUGAUUCUUGUGACGAUGACUCGCUUACAUUCGAAGCAUUUGUGGAGGAAGAGGAGGAAACUCGCUUUAUGAACACUAGCUACGAUCCUGCACCCACUAGCCGAAAGCUACGAGCCAUGUUGAAAAAACCACCGCCGGAACCCGAUGCAUACAGCGUUGCUGAGAGCAAAACUAGCAAGACGUGCUCCAUGACGGCGAGCAGCCGCUCCUACUAUGAAAUCGCGGUGCCCUCCCGUGAAGCCGCGUAUGCUGUCAGUGGAUUUCCGGGCUCCAGAGUUGAGGAGCGAACCCUGCAGGUUAGCCGCCGUGUCCAGCAAGAUGGCAAUGACCACUGGGAGCCCAGACACACUAGAACUCCUAGUGCGACGCUUGCAGCGUCCCGUCGUGACAGAGCCUAUUCCCCUGUACACGAUCGACGUGGUGGAGUUGAGCGUACCUAUUCCAAUGCUUCUAGUCGUGCCGGCAGUCGGCGUGGUUCCAUUGGAGAAGCUGCCUCGGUGACCAAACCAGAUUGGAAGCCGCAUUCUCCAAAUUGCUCCUUUCGCGGCUGCAGCGAUGAGGAGCGUCUCUCCCCUAACAAUUCCUUUAGAGGGCGACGAGAGUCCAUGAUGGAAACUGCGCCAGUAACCCAACCAGUCUGGAGAGCUGAGGAUGCCUAUCAUUCACCAAGACCCACAAGAAAUGACAUGGGCUAUGCCGGAAGCUCACCAUGGAGGGACACCCGGCCCGUCUUGUCCCCAAACAACUCUUUCCGUGGAAGACGAGAGUCCGUGACGGAAAUAGCUUCUAACACUCACCCUUUUGGGAGGGCGGAUGAAGCCUGUUCGCCUCAUAAACCGAGGCGGACUUACCAAGACAACUCCCUGAGAAGCCCAGUGAGGAGCCCCAUGAGAAGUGACAACUCUCUGAGGAGCCCAAUGAGAGGUGACAACUCAAUGAGGAGCCCAAUGAGAGGUCCUAAGCCAGUCAUGUCUCCCAACGAUUCCUUCAGAGGCCGAGACAGCGAGCACCAGACAUUCUUGUCUCCCAGGCGUCCGCCAAUUGGACAAAGAGAUGAGCAGCACGUUUUGUCUCCUAGCAAUUCAUUUAGGGGACGGCGAGGUUCCAUGACGGAGACUGCCUCGGUGUCGCAGCCUGAUUUUAAUGUUCCCCACUCCAGGCCAGCCUUGUCUCCAAACAACUCCUUCAAGGGGAGAGGAGGGGAUCACAGGCCUUCCUGUUCCCCCAAUAGUUCUUUCAGAGGUUUGGGGGACGGACACGCUGCGUUUGAACCGAAUGAUUCUUUCAGCAGACGUGGUGGAGAUGAACGCGUAAUGUUUUCACCAAAUAAUUCAUUCAGAAGUCGCAACGAUGAGCGCCCUGUUGUCACAUCGAGUGACUCGUUUCGAGGCCGCAAUGAGGAGUUUAAAGCACAUUCUCCUCAAAAUUCUUUCAGGAGUUACGGUGGAGACGAACUGCGAUCCUGUGGUAGCAGAAGUGGAGAAGAUCGCCCAGUACUCUCACGUGGUGACUCCUUCAAGAGAAACCGUCCUUCGGUAUCUUCACAAAACUCAUUCCGGCACCGCGAACGCCCCUCGUGCUCUAGAGAGCUAUCUUGGAAGCAGGGACGUCCCGGCCUCACGAGAGAAGCUUCUUUGAAGCACCGCUUCGAGUUUGCUCGGCAGCAAUCUUGGAAGAACAAUCAGAAUGGUCACGGCCGUCCUGGUCACAACAGAACAUCGUCCUUCGGAAGCCAGAACAGUGAUGCAAUACCUACGGAGCUUGUAGUGUACACAACAGACAUCGAAAAUCCCAGAUAUGACGGAGACCCAUCAUGGGAAAACGACACGGCUCCUUACGGUCAACGUCAGCAUCACCAUGGGCAUGAUCCUUAUUACCAUGCUCAUGGUGUUCACGAACAAACAGGGCAAGACAGGGGUUACCAUCAAGGCUCACCACGAAGGCCCCUCCCGCGUCGGUCGCAAUCCAACGACGUUGGAAGUUACCGUGGACACGGGGAAGAUCGCCACCAACCAGGUACAGACAGAGGCUGCGGUCAAAGACAUCUCACUCGUCGGUCGCAGUCGAACGAUGUAGGGAGCUACCAUGGACACAGAGAAGAAGCAACCGAAAGCAGCCGCUAUCCGCGAGAAGGACCGCGAAAGCUGCCUGGUCGAUCUCGUUCCUACAACAAUGCACCAAGAACUACAAGGCGUGAAGGACGUUUGCCGGGGAAUUACCGUCAGGAGACCACGCGGAAUCUUCCCGGUCGCUCGCUUUCUAACAACGAGCGAGGAUAUCGAGGUGAAAGCUAUUGUCCGCAAGCUUACGAUCAACAUGAAGGAAAGCUUCGAAGUCAACACAACGAUUGUCUUCUCGAUGGCAAAAGCAACGAGCAGCAGGCCUACGACGAUCAAGAGGAGUCGUGGACGAAUCGGCCCUGCAGUACUAGUACAAGCAGACCUGAAUCAUCGAAUCGCAAACUUCAUGGACGCACCAAAUCGUCCGACUUGGAUGCUCAUAGCUUCCAUGGAUAUGACUCCCGCCACUCCAAGAGUGAAUCGUCACACUACAACCGCAAGAUGCCACCUAGAGUCGGGAGUGAACUGGUACCUGAUCACUUUCACACUUCAUGGGCCGGUGGUGACGCUGGAGAAGAUAUGAAUUGUGCAGAUAGAAGUAAAUGGUCCGACGGCCCUGAAGUGUCACUGUCAAAGCAUACAGCCCCAGUCCAAACCAUUUCCUUGUUCAAGCGAGAAUCCGACGUGGAAACAAACUCUCAAGUGAAGAAUGAUGCGGGAUCAGAGCAAUUCAAGUCGUUAAGGGCUCCUGAUGGUGAUGGAGGCGACAGAGAGAGGAACGCAGAGAGCAACAAGUCAAAAAACGAGGACAAGUUGUCUAUUGCCAAGACAAUGUCCUUGUUCAAGCGUUCAUCUUCAAGUCGCAAGCUUCCCGUUCGUUCCACCUCUAUCGAUUUGGAUAGCCGUAGCACUCACAGCUGUCAGAGCCUGCAUAGUUUCCAUGGAUUUGAAUCGAAGGACACCAAGAACAAGAUGCCCCGAAAGACCAAGAGUGACUUGGGGACCGACGCCUUUCACUCGUCGUGGUCAGGACUUGGCCGCAAGAGUUCCCGAAAGGGUCGAAAAAGCAGCCAAAAAUCGACCAUGUUGUCCGAUGACCAGGAACUGAUGGUGGAGAUCUUUCCUGGGGUCAAAGCACCACUUCGUCGUGCCCAUGAAACCAAGGAUGCCAUUCGCAACAGCUUUUACAUUCCCGUGUCCUGCCUGGGUUGCUGCAGCCUGGAUUUGUACGCCAUUGCCGACGUGAGUUACUACAUCUGCCCCAUCUGUAAAAGCAUCGGGGCGGUCGAGGACGAAGAGUUUCACAAUGGCCGUCCGAUCGAACGGCAUGGACUGGGAUUAGGAUUUACCCGCGACACCUUGUUUGAAACACAAUCAGAGCUCAUGGGGGCACGUAGUCCCUCUCGAGCAUGACAUGACAAUGAAGCAGAACAAUGUUUCGCAACAAUACGCAGAAAAGCACCGAAAAGCACCCGACAAAGUAUAUAUGUUUCCGUCCGGGUACCGGUACAGCGUAGCUAGCUAGUACCGGUAGCUACACAUAGAUAUUAAAAAUACAAUGACUAGAAUCGAAUCCAUAGACCAACCGACUAGAAUGAGUCGAGAUUCAAUCUAUCAACCAGCUGGAGGAGGCAACUAUGAUAGCACACAAAGGCUCAACGUUCCAACUGAGAGCCGGUACCAUGCAACCCUCGCUCAUUUUGGGGGGUGCUCUCUAGGCUGUACGAAAAAUCUUUCGCGAAC